AUGGAGCAUCCUAGAAGUGCCGAAUCUGGGAGGAGCAUGGUCCAGGUUGUUCUUAUCUGGGUGUCCGCCAUGAUAGUGAAAUCGUUGGCCUUCUGGUCAUACCGAUCAACUGACUUCGAAGUCCAUCGAAACUGGCUUGCAAUCACGUCCUCAUUGCCCAUAUCCAAAUGGUAUUUCGAAGACACUUCAGAGUGGACCCUUGACUAUCCUCCACUCUUCGGGUGGUUUGAGAAGUUCCUCUCUCUGUUUGCCGUUCAUGCUGACGCCAAGAUGCUCGACAUCAAGUCAUUGAAUUAUGAUUCCGAUAGAACAAUCUUCUUUCAGCGAUCCACGGUCUUGCUGACUGAGAUACUACUUCUAUUGGCAGUCCUUCACUACGUCGGGAGUUUUCCUUACACCUCGCGUUUUGCAUCUUCUAGGAAUGCUUUCGCUCUUGAUGCGAACCAGGCUAGCCUGUCCAUUGUGAUUCUCGCUGCUGUGAACGCGGGCCUCUUUAUCACGGAUCAUGUACAUUUUCAAUACAACGGGAUGCUAUUGGGGUUGCUGUUGUUGUCGAUCUCUUGCAUUAGUAAUGGGCAGGAUCUGUUGGGGUCGUUUCUCUUUGCCGUGCUCGUGAACAUGAAACAUUUAUACCUCUCCCUUGCUCCCGCGUACUUUGUGUACUUGUUACGACACCACUGCAUUUCGCCACAUCCGCGGUCUUCGCUUCUACUGCUGCUGGUGUCUGUUGCUCAUCAUCGUGUUAUCAAGAUCUUCCAACGAUUGUUUCCCUUUGGCCGUGGUCUUUGCCAUGCAUAUUGGGCUCCGAACGUUUGGGUCGCGUACAAUCUGGUUGACAAGGCCCUUCUCAAAGUCCUUGGAACAAGAGGAAACAAUGUCGUUUCUCAAGGCUCAAUGACAGGUGGACUGGUAGGCGAUCAGCUGCAUGUUUGGCUUCCGACCGUGACCCCAGGCUUGACGAUCUUACUGUCCUUGUUGGCCAUGGCUCCUGCUCUGGUCAUGGUAUGGUCAGCGUCAAGGGGGCCACGGAGUCGCCUGGAAUUCAUUCACCUUAUUGCUUACUGCUCCCUGGCUUCAUUCCUCUUUGGGUAUCAUGUACACGAGAAGGCUGUGUUGAACGCAACGUUGCCGAUGCUCCUGCUUGCUCCAUUGUCUCAGAAACAUGCGGAGUAG